UGGAGCUUAACCCACUGCACUCAAUUGCUGCAGAAUGAUUUUCUUAAAAAAGAGAAGGAAGUAAUGUACUGUCCAUGUCGAUUUAAUUAGAAAAAAAAGAAGCACAGUGGGGACUGGCAGCAGUCUAAAAAAAGAAAGAAAAAUGAAACCCUGUUGAAUCCCAAGCGAAACAAACAUGAAUAACUCCAGCAACCAUCCCAACUGUUCCAUCGAUGACUUCAAGUACCGCGUCUAUCCUGCAACGUACUUAACUAUCUGGGUUGUUGGGUUUUUUGGGAAUGGUGUCUCCUUGAUCAUCUUCUGCAAGCCUAAAAAGAAAUGGAGUUCAGUCAACAUGUACCUGUUUAACUUGCUAAUCUCUGACCUAAUACUGGUGUGCGCUCUUCCCUUCCGCGUGACUUACUACCUGAUGGAGUCACACUGGAUUUUUGGGGAUGUCAUGUGCAGAAUCAUGUCUUAUGCCUUUUACCUAACCAUGUACAGCAGCAUCUAUUUCCUGAUGGUGCUCAGUAUUAUGCGUUACUUAGCCAUAGUGCACCCCUAUAAAUUUGUGAUGCUCAGAAACACACACAGUGCCAAAAUAGUGUGCUGCAUAGUUUGGUUUUUUGUAGCGGCAGCUUCUUCCCCGUUGCUUUUAACAGGGAUUACAAAUCAGGGAGACAAAGUGAAAUGCCUAGAACCUCAAUCUAGAACUAUUUUAUUGAUGAACUAUGUGGUUCUUUUGAUAGGGUGCCUUAUACCUUUCACUGUCAUUGCUGUCUGCUACUUCUUUGUUGUCAAAACCUUAACGAAACCCAGAAACAUGCAAAAGAAGAGCCCCUCCCACAAAAAGUCGUCCGCCAUGGUUAUCAUUGUCACUUUUAUUUUCAUAAUUUGCUUUUUGCCUUACCACAUAGUCAGGACGGUCUUUUUGGAGACCUACACGAUACAGUCCUUGCUGCCCAGUUAUGAAAGCUGCGACUAUAUUAACUUUAUACAUAAGGUAGCUGUGGUCACCCUCUGCCUUGCAGCAUCAAACAGUUGCUUGGACCCACUCUUGUAUUUCUUUGUGGGAGAAAACUUCAUGUACUGGUGGAGGAAGCGCAAACAACAGACAGAAUUAAAGCAGCUAAAUUCGAAGGACCCAAAUUGAGGACUCUGUGUUUUCAUAUCUUCUGUGAAUACCAAAAAAAGAGAGACUGCAGUGUUUAAAUGUCUUUUGUUUCUUAAAGGCAAAGCAGUAAUCAUAGGCUGACAGUCUGGGGCAACUGGCUGACUUGUGUGGUUAAACAACUCUCAAAGGCAAACUUAGUUAUCAAAGACUAUUUAGGGGAGCACGCAAGGUCACACUGACAUUUGAAAAUGCUUGUUGAUGUUGAAUUUUACUGGACGCGCCACUCGGGAGCCCUUUACUUGAUUGUAUUUUGUGAAUCAUAUUUUAUAGAACAACUUUUCCAGCACAGAAGAACAUGUUUUGUACUCGACGCUACUGAAUAUUUUUUAAAAUCUUAUUUGUAAUCUAUUUUGCAUUUAUUCAAAUCCAAAUGACAGAAUGACUGACUUGUUUCAAAUUACUGUUGAUCUAAGGAAACUAAUUUGGAUAUGUUUACUCAUGAUGAUGGCCACAAGCAUCCCACUCAGGCCUAUCUAUGUAUUUUUUUAUACCAUAACUUUUUUUGUAUGUAUCAAAUCGUGGCUGAUCACAACCGUCUAAGGCUUUUUUUUAUUACGUGGCUGUUUUUGUACGUGAGCUAUAACUCAACAGCUAUUCAUUAGAAAACAUUUAGAUUUUAAUCUCAACCCACUUGAACACUGGAUGUGGUAAAAUUAUGCCGUGUGUGUAUCAACCAUUUCUAAGAAGUUUGACACCUUAUCUGUGGAACAGCAAUUGUAUAUAAUGAAAUGUACGUUGCUUGCAUUUUAAAAGAUGCACUCACUAUUACUUAAAACAUUUCAACUGUAACCAUGUAUACAUCCACUAGAGACAUGUACAUCUGUGUUAAUAUACAGCAUAUAUUAAUCUAAUCAUGUACUAGACCAUAAAUUAAACCUUACCUGCCAACGUAUUUUAUGUUUUAUGUUGCAUGCAAAUUGAGAAUGUAAGUUCAGGGGAGAUAUGCUUUUCAGCAAAUGAACCAUGAUAACUACAGGGUGCAUCAAGUAUGCAACAAGUCAAGGAUUUUUAUUUAUUUUUUGUUUA